AUGGAACCAGUUAAUGAUGGAGAAAUAGUGGAGGCUCACAGCGAGGUUACUACCGGCGUCUCACCAUAUCAGUCACCUCAAAGGCUCGUGAUUGAGAAUACUCCGGCGAAUCUAAGCCAUGACGUUAAAUAUAUUCAAUACAAUCUUAGUGGGAAUAUCUUUGAAGUCACCGCAAAGUAUCAGCCACCAAUCAAGCCUAUUGGCAGAGGUGCUUAUGGCAUCGUUUGUUCGGCUCUGAAUUCUGAGACUAAUGAGAAGGUAGCAAUAAAGAAAAUCAUGCAUGCAUUUGAUAAUCAUAUAGAUGCAAAGAGAACUCUUCGGGAAAUCAAGCUUCUCCGUCACUUCAAUCAUGAAAAUAUCAUUGGAAUCAAAGACAUAAUAUUGCCUCGUGAGCGAUAUGCUUCUGAAGAUGUUUACGUUGCUUAUGAAUUGAUGGACUCUGACCUUCAUGAAGUCAUAAUAUCCAAUUACCAACUAUCCCCAAUUCAUUACGAGAUCUGUGAUUUCGGGCUUGCUCGUGCCACUUCAGAGGGUCAUCUAAUGACUGAGUAUGUUGUCACAAGAUGGUACCGUGCACCCGAGCUUCUAUUGAACUCUGCUGCUUAUACCGCAGCUAUCGAUAUUUGGGCCGUUGGCUGCAUUUUCAUGGAAAUGGUUAACCGUAAACCGCUAUUCCCCGGUAAUGAUCAAGUUCAUCAGCUUCGUUUGAUUAUGGAGCUCAUAGGCACUCCAUCAGAAGACGAUCUUGGAGCAUUGAAUGAAAACGCUAAGCGAUACUUAGCGCAGGUUGCCCCGCUUCCUCGCCAAUCUUUCACUGAAAAAUUCCCAAAUGUGCCUCCUUUAGCUAUAGACUUGAUGGAGAAGAUGCUACAAUUUGACCCUAGAAAGAGAAUCUCAGUUGAAGACGCGCUUACUCAUCCAUAUCUCAAAACGAUGCGCGACCCUACUGAUGAACCAGAGUGCACGACGCCUUUCAACUACGAAUUUGAGGAACAUCCACUCACAGAGGAGCAGAUUAAGGAGCUAAUCUACUGUGAAGCUCUAGCUUUCAAAUCUGAAGCAGCAAUAACUGAAAAGGAACCUUGA